AACAAUAAGAAGUACUACUCCUCUAUGAAAUCUGGCGGGAAAAUGUCGAUGACAAUUAACGGAGAAAUGGGAGAAGAAAUGAAGCAGAAAUUUAGGGCUUUUCCGUACAAACCCUACACCAUUCAGAUUGAUUUCAUGAACGCUCUCUACGAUUCUCUUGAUAAAGGAGGAAUCGCUAUGCUCGAAAGCCCUACAGGUACAGGAAAAACCCUAAGUAUAAUCUGUAGCGCUUUGCAGUGGCUUGUUGAUCGAAAACAAAGUUUAAAUGAUGAUAGUUUAGUCGAUACACAUCCGAAUGGAACGAACGGAAAGAAUGGAGAUUGUGUUGGAUCGGAUGAGGAACCGGAUUGGUUGAGGAAUAGUUUUGGGAGUAAAGAGGUUGAAAGCCCUAAAAAGAAGGUUAAGGUGAAGAAAAGGUUAGGGUUUAGUAGUAAAAAGCGUGAAGAGACGGAAAUCGAGGAGAGUUUUAGGGAUUUGUAUAGUCAGUUGAGAGAAAUUGAAGUUGAUUUGGAACAUAAUGUGAUAGUGAGAGGUGAUGGAGAGAGGUUAGAUGAUAAGGAGUUUUUGGUAGACGAAUACGAGAGUGGAGAUGAGAAGAAUGGGUUGUCGAAGAGAAAGGGGGGCGGAGUUUGUUGCGGUUCGUCUUCGAGUGACGAUGACAAUGAAGAUAAAGGGUUUAGCGAUGAUGAAGAAGAAGAGACGGAUUUUAAAAUUUAUUUCUGUAGUAGAACUCAUUCACAGCUAUCGCAGUUUGUAAAAGAGUUGAGGAAGACUACUUUUGGUAAUGAGUUGAAGGUUGCUUGCUUGGGCUCUAGGAAGAACUUCUGCAUAAACGAAGAGGUAAUCAAGCUUGGAAAUUCUACUCUUAUUAACGAGCGGUGUUUGGAUCUUCAAAAGAAUAAGAAUAGCCAAGUUUCAAAAAAGAAGAAUUCGGGUGUUGAUGGAAGAAAACGCCAAACAAAGGCUUCAAGUGGAUGCCCAAUGCUUAGCAAACGUAAGCUACAAAAGCAGUUCAAAACCGAAAUGACCGAGAAAGGCCCCCUUGAUAUUGAAGAUCUUGUUCGCCUCGGAGGCAAUUUAGGAACUUGUCCGUAUUAUGGUUCUAGAAGCAUGGUUUCCGCAGCUGAUCUCGUGGUUCUUCCUUAUCAAUCUCUUUUAUCUAAGUCUUCACGGGAAUCACUUGGUUUAAGCUUGAAAAAUAGCGUUGUUAUCAUAGACGAGGCUCACAAUCUUGCUGACUCCCUCAUCAGCAUGUAUGACUCAAAAGUUACGUUGUCUCAGUUGGAACUUGUUAAUUCAAGUUUAGAGGGCUACUUUCAACGGUUUCAGAACCUCUUGGGACCAGGAAAUAGAAGACAUAUUCAAACAUUAAUGGUUCUCACUCGUGCUUUUAUACAAACUUUAUGCAACACAGAUGAUGCUAAUUUCGUAAAUUCUAGUGGCUCGGAGUGCUCUUUGUGCAUCAAUGAAUUUGUGUUUUCUCUCAACAUUGACAACAUAAAUUUAGUCAAGUUGCUGCUAUAUAUUAAAGACAGUAAUAUGAUUCACAAGGUUAGUGGGUACGGAGAUAAAAUAAUUAGCCUACAAAAUGAUACUACAAGCGUUUUAUCAGCUUUUCGUGCGUUAGCUGGAAUAUUACUCUCGCUAACGAAUCACGAUAGUGACGGAAGGAUAAUAAUCUCAAGAAAAAAACCGACAGAAUCUGGACAACAAGGAGGAUAUCUAAAAUACGUUAUGCUCACAGGGGAAAAGAUCUUUCAUGAGAUUGUUAAUGAAGCACAUGCUGUUGUAUUGGCUGGCGGGACUCUCCAACCGAUUGAAGAAACACGGGUGCGGCUCUUUCCAUGGUUAGCGCAAGAUCAGCUGCAUUUCUUCUCGUGUGGUCAUAUAAUCUCACCAGACAAUAUUUUACCUAUUUCUGUUUCAACCGGGCCUACGGGUCAACCCUUUGACUUCAGCUAUAGCUGUAGAAGUACGUCAGCCAUGGUUGGGGAGUUAGGGCUUCUACUUUGUAAUCUAGUAACAGCAGUUCCACAAGGUAUUAUUGUCUUCUUCUCUUCAUUCGAUUAUGAAGAAUACGUCUACGACGCUUGGAAAGCUUCCGGAAUUCUCGGUAGAAUUACAAAGAAAAAACGUUUAUUCAGAGAGCCAAGAAAAAAUACAGAAGUCGAACUUAUUCUAAAAGAAUACAAGGAAUCAAUCGAUGCAAAUAGUGGUGCUGUGAUUCUUGCUGUAGUUGGAGGAAAGAUUUCAGAAGGUAUUAAUUUCAGUGACGGGCUGGGCCGAUGUAUUGUCAUGGUUGGGUUGCCGUAUCCAAGCCCAUCUGAUAUUGAGUUGAUGGAACGGGUCAAACAUAUUGACCGUAUUGGUGACCCGAAAAAAAAUUCCAAUGUUACAUGCUUUAAUGGAGAUGCUCAAGCGGGAUUUGAGGUUUUAAGAAGUUGUAAGCACCGAGGGAAAGAGUAUUAUGAAAAUCUUUGCAUGAAAGCUGUAAAUCAGUCAAUCGGCAGAGCAAUCAGGCACAUUAAUGAUUAUGCAGCAAUCUUGUUGGUAGACACGCGUUACACGUCAGAUUCUUCAAAAAAGAAUAUCUCUCACCCCACAAACAAGCUUCCACAUUGGAUUAAAAACCGUCUCGUUUCAAAAACCAGUAGUUAUGGAGAAGUUCAUCGAUUACUUCAUCAAUUUUUCAAAUUUCACAAAAGUAAGUUGAUUUAGUCGGUAGAUAUUUAGAGUUUAGACCCCAAGGGUCCAUAGAAUUUUGUAUUUUUUCUUGUCUAGUUGGUGAAAUCAACGUUGAGCUUUCUAAUUAAUAGCUUAAACAUAUGAUACAUGUUGUCGUCUCAUAUUUAUAUGGGUCGACUUUCAUCUCUUGUUGCAUGUGCGACUCCCACACCAAAAAUGUUUAUUUGUCUUGUCGUUAUUGUAAUUGUAUAUAAGGAAAGAGUAUUAAUCUC